GGCUUGGUGUGCACUCCGCACCUCGGGAACGUUACUGCGCGUGGAACGGCUGCUUCUGGAAGACUAUUGCCCGGAAGAAAAGAUGUUUGGUUUUCACAAGCCAAAGAUGUACCGAAGUAUAGAGGGCUGCUGUAUUUGCAGAGCUAAAUCCUCAAGUUCUCGAUUCACUGACAGUAAACGCUAUGAAAAGGACUUCCAGAGCUGUUUUGGGUUACAUGAGACUCGUUCAGGAGACAUCUGUAAUGCUUGUGUCCUGCUUGUGAAAAGAUGGAAGAAAUUGCCAGCAGGAUCCAAAAAAAACUGGAAUCAUGUGGUAGAUGCAAGGGCAGGACCCAGUCUAAAGACUACACUGAAACCAAAGAAAGUGAAAACUCUGUCUGGAAAAAGGAUAAAAAGCAACCAGAUCAGUAAACUGCAGAAGGAAUUUAAACGUCACAAUUCUGAUGCUCACAGUACCACCUCAAGUGCCUCUCCAGCUCAAUCUCCUUGUUAUAGUAACCAGUCGGAUGAUGGCUCAGAUACAGAGAUGGCUUCUGGCUCUAACAGAACGCCAGUGUUUUCCUUUUUAGAUCUCACAUACUGGAAGAGACAGAAAAUAUGCUGUGGCAUUAUCUAUAAAGGCCGUUUUGGGGAAGUCCUCAUCGACACACAUCUAUUCAAACCUUGCUGCAGCAAUAAGAAAGCAGCUGCUGAGAAGCCAGAGGAGCAGGGGCCAGAGCCUCUGCCCAUCUCCACUCAGGAGUGGUGACUGAGGUUUAUGUAGAAGGGGAACAAAAAAUGAUUUAAAUUUUGGAAAACAAAGCAACAAAAAAUGACCCUCCUAUUUUUAACUUGGAUACCUGCUAUUCUGCCAAAAGACGAUUUCUAGAAUAGUUUUGAGUGGGUUAUUUUUCCUCCAGUUCCACAAACUCUGAAGCCAUUGUCUAGCUUAUGAAAAGAAAAAAAGUGUACAUAAUAUUUAAGAUGCUGAGUAUUUCAUAGGAAAGCUGAAUGCUGCUGUAAAGUGCUCUUUAAGUCUUUUUUAAAAAUCCCCUUCUAAUGAAUUAAAUGAGGGGAAUUUCAGGGGACAGAGAUGGGAUUUGUUGUAUGAUAAACGUAUGUAGUUUUAGUCUUUCUAUAUUGAGAAGCAGUGGUUGGGGCAUUUUUUAAGAUGGCUGGCUACACUUGUUUUCCUUCACUAUAAUAAAUUUGUCGUAACUCAGUAAACAUGGACUUGCCCCUAGAGGUAGUUGUUAAUAACUGAAAUAUUAAGGUCUUGCCAAGGUUCUGAUGAUUCAAACCUGUACUACUGAAUAUUAAGCAGGACAGACUAAGCUCUCUGGUGCGAAUAUCUUGAAGAAGUAAUUUCUAAGUACACAGAGGUAACGUGACUGCGUCACCUUCUUCCAUAUUGAUAUUUGAUAAAGUUUUUAAUUUAUAUGAAACUUCUAAAGCAGAAUCAUAGUUCCUCUUGGGGAAAUGUCAAAUCUUUAGGAUAAGCAGUUCUAUGUGAGUAGUACCAAAGCAUUACCACUGGUAGAGAACACACUCUAUUAAAAAUGUUAAGUUAUCUGAAAAAUAAAAUGUGCAAGUCUUCAGGAUGGCACAUAAAGAAACAAAGGUUAAUGCUUCUUGGGGCACAUUUCUGAGAGGGCUUGCAAGUGUGUAAAUAAUUUGUUUAUGUUACAU